UUUCUCCGGAGAUUUAUUAACGCGACGCUCUGUUUCCGAACCCGGUGCCCAUGUGUGUGUUGUUAGGUUGAAAUAACUCAUGUUAGAAGAAGCUGCGCUUUAACAUUAUAUAUAAGAGGCCUCGGUAAAGAUCUGCGACGGGAAGAAUGGAAGCAGCUUCCAGUUUCCACGGAGACGCGGAUUUCUGCCCAGAGUGCGGGUCUGUCCUGCCUCUACCAGGACUGGAGGACAAAGUGACAUGCCAGCGGUGUGCAUUCGCCAUCGACGUGCGCGAAUUUGAAGGUCAUGUUAUCAAGUCCUCAGUGGUGUUUAACAGCCUGGAAUCUGCCUCUGCUGCCAUGGAGACAGAAGAGGAGGAGGGAGAAAAGGGCCCUGUGAUUGAUCGGAAGUGCUCUCGCUGUGGCCACGAAGGGAUGGUGUAUCACACGAGACAGAUGAGAUCCGCAGACGAGGGACAGACUGUCUUCUACACCUGUACUCACUGCAGAUAUCAAGAAAAAGAAGAUUCCUGAUUGUCAUUUUUCAACAUGCUUUGUAUUCUUCACAAAACAACUGACCAGUUCUGAAAUGUAAUCCUGUGCCUGUACUCCCUGAGACCCAGCAUGCCUCCUCUGUGUUUUAUAGGGGCAUCCCAUGGUCUUGCACACUUUCAUAGUCCAAAAGGAUUUCUUUGUGUGUGUUUUGCUACAGCUUCACGUAGCCUUCUGUGCACUUCAGAAAUGAAGCUUUUAGGAGUCUCUUCAAAAGCAGUCCCUGUAUUUGUAAAUUCAUUUAUUUGUAAACCUGGUAUUAAUCUAAGCAGAAAAUGUUACAAACCAUGUAGAAGCAUAAGAUAUUAUACAGGUAAGAAACUAUAUUUUCAAAGUGUUUGCUUUUUUUUUUUAAAGCGACCAGACAUCUGUGACUUUGCAAAACUAGAACCACACGGCCAAAUUAUAUAUUUCGUGCACUCUCAACGUAACAUUAACAUGACUCAUUUAUCUCCUUUCAAGAGCAGAUUGUUUUAUUCAGAAUAUUAAAACAGACUUUUUAAAUUAAUUAAAAAUAAAUACAAAGAAUAAUGGCUCCAUUAGAAUACAAAGUUGGUAGAAAAGAUUAUAAUAUUGCACAUAUGUGUGGUGUUGUCUGAUGACCCUUUCCGGUUUGAAUUGUAUAUAAAGUUUUUAAUUGGCUGAA